AUGUAUCCCUGCCACUUCCACCAUAAAAGGGCCGUCGACGUGGUGUGCCGCCACGGCCCCGCGCGCGUGCUCGAGCUGGUGCAGCUCGGCGCAGACUUCACGCGCAACCGCGACGGCUCCCUGCACCUCACGCGCGAGGGCGGCCACAGCGGCCGCCGCAUCGUGCACGCGGCCGACCUGACCGGCGCAGAGAUCGAGCGCGCGCUGCUGGCGGCGGCGCGGGCGACGGGGAAUGUUGAGUUUUUCGAGCACCACCUGGCGGUGGACUUGGUCACGGAUGAGGUGGGCGGCGCCCCGCACUGCUUUGGCGUUGACGUGCUGGACACGCGCAGCAACACCGCGUGCCGCUUCCUCUCCCUCGCCACCAUGCUGGCCAGCGGCGGCGCGGGGCAGGUGUACCCCAACACCACCAACCCCCACGUCGCGACGGGGGACGGCAUCGCCAUGGCGUACCGCGCGGGGGCGGCCGUGUCUAACAUGGAGUUUGUGCAGUUCCACCCGACGGCCCUGUUCUCAAAGAAGGGGGCCGGCGGCGGCGGCGGCGGUGGCGAGGCGGGGCGGGUGUUUCUUAUCAGCGAGGCGGUGCGCGGCGAGGGCGGCGUGCUGCUCAACUCCCGCGGCGAGCGCUUUAUGGCGUCAUAUGACGACCGGCUUGAGCUGGCGCCCCGCGACGUGGUGGCGCGCGCGAUCCAGGACCAGAUGAUGAGUCAUGCAUCAGAUCACGUGUGGCUGGACAUCAGCCACAAGCCGGCGCGCGACGUGCUGUCGCACUUCCCAAACAUAGCGGCGCGCUGCAAGGAGGACGGGAUCGACAUCACGAGGGACCCCAUUCCUGUGCUGCCCGCGCAGCACUACACGUGCGGCGGCGUCGCGACGGGCCUCCGCGGCGAGACGGGGGUGCAGGGCCUCUACGCGUGCGGCGAGGUCGCGUGCAGCGGCCUGCACGGCGCCAACAGGCUGGCGUCCAACUCGCUGCUGGAGGGGCUGGUGUUUGCGGACCGCGCGGCGGGGCCGAGCGUCGCGCACGCGGAGUAUGCGCUCCGCCACUGCGGGGGCGAGCUCCGCCGCGCCGCAACGGCGGCGCCAGCGGGCGCUGGCGCGGCGGCGGCGGCUGCGACGGCGCCCGCGGAGUGGGCGGCCGGCCGGCGCGGGGAGCUGCAGGCGCUGAUGUGGCGCGCGGCGGGCAUCGUGCGGCGCGAGGCGGCGCUCGCGGCGGCGCUCGCGCGUGUGGAGGAGCUGUCAGCCGAGGCUGCGGCCGCCGCGGCGCGCCACGGCGUGUCGGCGCCGCUGGUGGAGCUGUCCAACCUGCUGACGUGCGCCAGGCUGAUCCUGUCGUGCGCGCUGCAGCGCAAGGAGAGCCGCGGGGGCCACUUCUCCCCCGACUACCCGGGGCUCGACCCAGAGGCGCGCCCCUCCCUCGUCGCGCUCCCGCCGCGCCGCGUGGGGACGAACGGCGGCGUGGGCCAGGGCGCCGGGGAUGACGCCCGCACAGGCGCGGGCGCGGGCGCCGGCGCGCGCGGCGCGGCCGGCGGCGGUGCGCCGGGGAGCCCGAAGAAGAGGGCGAAGCGGCCGGCCGCCGCGCCGGCGCCAGCGGCGCAGAGGGAGGCGGCGCACAGGGAGAUGGCUGUGCGCUCGACGCCGCGCGACCAGGAGUGA